UAUAGGUCAAUGCUGCCUUGGUGGAGUUCCUGCUUGUGUCGGUGGUGGAAUUGAAAUAGCAUACUCAGAGAGAGUUUGCCAUGAUGUCGGUGUUGGCCGGGAGACAGCUGGCAGGUCACUCCAGGGUGCUGUCCUGUCUCCUCCCUGUCACUGCUCAGGGCACCUGCUAUCACUGGUCAAGCUGCCAGGGACAUUCUGACCAAUGGGCAUCAACAAGAGGACAGGUCAAAGACUGGAAGCAUGCCCCCAAGAACCAUCUAAUUCCAAACUAUGUAAAUGUCCACACAUCAAGUAACUCUCUCAUAUCAAGACAUUUUGAACAUGGGAAACAUCCAUUAAGACGAAUUCCUUAUCAAGACUUGAAGAACAGUUUAUCAGUGGAGCAUGGAUCAAAGAUGCAACUGAAAAAGUUUAGGGCGAUGUCACCAGCCUUGGGACAAGAUGUCUCAACCUCUUCUCCAUCGCGGGCGUUUCAUUCCCUGCGCCGCCCACAGCAAGUGUUCCAGCCCCAUCCACUCCUGAACACACGACACGGAUUGGUCAGUACAAGACGUCCAAUCAGCUUCACCACCUCCAUCCUCGAGUCCUCGCCGCAGUCGGUAAAACCUUACCUGAGGCUCAUCCGCUUUGAUAAGCCUAUAGGGACCUACCUGCUGUACUGGCCGUGUACGUGGAGCAUCGCUAUGGCUGCUGACCCUGGUCACCUCCCUGACCCCUACUUCCUGGUCAUGUUCGGAGCAGGGUCCUUCCUCAUGCGGGGCGCGGGCUGCAUCAUCAAUGACAUGUGGGACAAAGACUUUGACAAGAUGGUUGAAAGGACAAAGACUCGCCCUUUGGCAUCAGGAGAGCUAAGUUCUUUCCAGGCGUUAGCAUUGCUUGGAACUCAGCUUGGUCUGGCCCUUGGUAUCCUGCUACAGUUCAACACAUACAGCAUCCUCCUCGGGGCGGCGUCCAUGGGCCUGGUGAUCACCUACCCCCUGGCCAAGCGGUACACGUACUGGCCACAGCUGAUGCUGGGUUUCACCUUCAACUACGGCGUGCUGUUUGGGUGGUCCGCAGUGAAGGGCUAUACCGAUUGGUCGGUUUUAGUGCCCAUGUACGCAGGCAGUAUAGCAUGGACACUUAUAUAUGACACCAUCUAUGCUCACCAAGACAAGUAUGAUGAUAUGUUGAUCGGCGUGAAGUCGUCGGCCCUGAAGCUGGGGGAUCAGACCAAGCCGUGGCUGGCGGGGUUCUCCAGCCUGAUGGUCAGUGGCCUGACUCUGUCCGGCUACCUGUGUGACCAGACCUGGCCCUUCUAUGUGGGCGUGGCAGCCACAGCAGCCCAUCUCACGCACCAGCUGUACACAGUGGAUCUCGAUAACCCUGACGACUGUGCCGCCAAGUUCCGCUCCAACACCCAGAUCGGUGUCAUCAUGUUCAUCGCCAUCAUGUGUGGGACGCUGCUCAGAGAAGACAAGGCUAAACUAGCCCAGACUGACACACGCGCUGGGAUGACACCGUGACACAUCUUUCAGAAUCUACUUGGUGUGCUUUCUUGUUGAUGAGUCUAUUGCACUUAGCGAUGUUAGAAAAGAUGAAAAGAUUCCAUGGUCUUUCAAUUUUUUUGAAGACUUUUUUUUAUAUGUAUGAAACUAUAAAAUGUCUUGCUUACAAUGACAUAUUUGUCAAAUGUCACCUGCAUGUUUUUUUGUAUAAGACAUAUUGAUGCAAUAAAAUAUGAUGCAUUUA